AUGGCACCAGUGGCGAGCCAAGCCAAUGCACUCCUCUCAACCUUAUCACGGAGGCGAUUCAACAUCCGCUCCAUAUGCGGCCGUCGUAUCGGCUUCGCGCCAUACACGUCAUCUGCACCCUCCCCUGCCACAGAAAUUGACACACCCUUAGUCGGAACCAAAAUUCUCGAAACAUUCAGUGAAGAAUUCGAAGUUGGAUCACGUAAAAUUACACUAGAAACAGGUAAAAUGGCACGAUUCGCAAACGGCGCGGUUGUUUUGGCAAUGGAAGAGACCAGAGUACUUUCCACUGUUGCCUCUGCUAAAGGCGAUAGCGUCCGUGAUUUUUUGCCCCUCACUGUUGAGUAUCAAGAGAAACAGUUUGCUCAAGGUGUUAUUCCAGGCACGUUCAUGAGGAGGGAGGGUGCUCCAAAAGAACGGGAACUUUUAUGUGGUCGUCUCAUUGAUCGACCUAUUAGACCACUUUUCCCCCCAGGAUUCUACCAUGAGGUCCAGGUCAUGGCAAGUGUUCUUUCUUCUGAUGGGAAACAAGAUCCAGAUGUAAUGGCUGCUAAUGCAACAUCUGCUGCCCUAAUGUUAUCAGAUAUUCCAUGGGGUGGUCCUAUUGGGAUAAUACGUAUUGGGAGGAUUUCCGGUCAAUUUAUUGUCAAUCCUAGCAUGGAUGAGCUUAGCCUAAGUGAUCUUAACUUGGUGUAUGCAUGCACAAGGGACAAAACAUUAAUGAUAGAUGUGCUAGCACGUGAGGUUUCAGAAAAAGACUUGGAAGCUGCACUAAGACUAGCUCAUCCGGAGGCUAUUAAAUAUCUUGAUCCUCAAAUAAGGCUGGCAGCAAAAGCUGGUAAGCAGAAAAAGGAAUAUAAAUUGUCUAUGGUAUCUGAGAAAACAUAUGACAAAAUCAGGAGUUUGUCUGAAGCUCCCAUUGAAGCUGUCUUCACAGAUCCCACAUAUGGCAAGUUUGAACGUGGAGAAGCAUUGGAUAGAAUUACUCAGGAUGUGAAAAAAGAACUUGAGCAAGAAUGUGAUGAAGAAGGUCUAAAGUUUUUAUCCAAGACAGUUGAUACAGUGCGGAAACAGGUUGUUCGUAGAAGGAUAAUUGGCGAAGGACGUAGGGUUGAUGGAAGACGUCUUGAUGAAGUUCGGCCUCUAUAUUGUGAAGCUGGUAAUUUACCCAUAUUACACGGAUCAUCACUUUUUUCCCGUGGAGAUACUCAGGUUCUUUGUACUGUCACCCUUGGAGCGCCUGGAGAAGCUCAACAUUUGGAUUCUCUGGUUGGUCCUCCAACGAAGCGUUUCAUGCUUCAUUAUAGUUUUCCACCAUUCUGCAUCAAUGAAGUUGGUAAAAGAGUUGGCCUAAAUAGACGUGAAGUUGGGCAUGGUACUCUUGCUGAGAAAGCUCUGCUUGCUGUCUUACCUCCUGAAGAGGAUUGUCCAUACACAGUUCGUAUCAAUGCCGAAGUCAUGGCAUCUGAUGGGUCGACAUCAAUGGCAUCCGUCUGUGCAGGCAGCAUGGCCUUGUUGGAUGCUGGCAUUCCAUUGAGAGAACAUGUGGCCGGUUUGUCAGUGGGCCUUGUUAGUGAAGUUGAUCCAUCUACUGGUGAAGUCACAGACUAUCGAAUCUUAACCGAUAUUUUGGGUCUGGAAGAUCAUCUGGGGGACAUGGAUUUCAAAAUUGCUGGAACGCGGAAUGGAGUUACUGCUAUUCAGCUAGAUAUAAAACCUGCUGGAAUCCCUCUAGAUAUCAUAUGUGAGUGUCUAGAACCUGCACAUAAAGGCCGGGUUCAAAUCCUAGAUCAAAUGGAGCGAGAGAUAAAUGUAGCACGAUCUCAGGAUGGCAGAAACUCCCCACGCAUACUGACCUUGAAGUAUAGCAAUGACGCGAUCCGCCGCCUGAUUGGUCCUCUUGGUGCCUUGAAGAGGAAAAUCGAAGAAGAAACAGGUGCACGAAUUUCAGUGAGUGAUGGUUCCCUCACCCUGGUUGCAAAAAAUCAAUCAGUGUUGGAGAAAGUGACGGAAAAGAUUAAUUUAAUAGUGGGUCGUGAGAUUGAAAAGGGAGGGAUUUACAAAGGCGUCAUUACUUCAAUCAAAGAAUAUGGUGCCUUCGUUGAGUUCAAUGGAGGCCAACAGGGUCUCCUGCACAUCUCUGAGCUCUCCCAUGAACCAGUGUCCCGAGUUACUGACGUGGUAUCCGUAGGCAAAGUACUUAAUUUGAUGUGCAUUGGGCUAGACGUUCGUGGUAAUGUGAGUUUAUCUCUCAAAGCAACUUUACCUAGGCCAGGAUCAAAGAAAGAUGUUUCAGUUGCUGCACAAGAAGCACCUAAAGUCUGGGAUCCCGUUGAUAAUGUGCACAAGAAAAAAUAUCAAGAUGACAAGCCCUUGGACACUGAGGCAUCCUUGUUAUCAGGAACAUCUGGAGUUUUUAUCCGAAGUGCUGUUGAGUGUGAUGAGGAGGAAAAAUCUGCUGGCCUGAAUAAUAAGUCUAAACGUAGUUUGAGGUCGUACAGUGAGUCAAAAUCUAAUGCAAAGUCUCCUGUUGAGAAUAAUGCUAUCUUUGUGAGAGAUGAUGAAGAUGAGAGCAAUGCUAAUAAAUCAACAGCUGAUGGCACCUUGAGUGCAAAGAAACUAAAGCUUGGAACGGAAAUGACAGCUAAGGUCCAUCAAGUUCGUGCACGAGGAUUAGUCCUUGAUUUGGGUGGUGGUAUUCGUGGAAUGUACCGAUUUGAGGUCGGCUUUCAGAGAAACUUUGAAGUUGGCGAGGAGGUGAAAGUAAAAUGCUCCAGUUUCUCAACCAAGGGGAUCCCUGUAAUGUCAUUGGUGGAAGAGCAGAAGUCUUAA